AUGCAAGGUGUACCUCUCGUUCUUCUGCUGCUUCUAUUCGCGUUCACUCACACGUCUUCGGCCGAUGGAGAAAUCUUGUCCAGGAGGAAAAGGCAUCUCGCCUUCCCAGAAGGAUCCACCCUAUCGAUCGCGCUGUGUUUGCAGGCGCAGAUGACGAUGAGGCCUUCGGAAAUUUGGACUUACGCGAUGAACUGGGGCAUCUCUUACGAUUUACCGAACAUCACCUCGACGCUGGAUUACUUGAAGCCGUAUUACAUGAUAAAGCGCCGCAACCGAAGGGAUCUUUAUCAGAAAAUGGAAACGAUAAUGAAUUCGAUGGGAUAUAAUGGGAAAGGUUGCAUCUACAAGGCUCUGUGCGAGACGGGAAGCCUGUUCAAGAGGAAGGGCACAGUUCUUGAAGAGAUUUUCAAAACUCUAUUCAGGUUCCCGUUGCAGAAGAUUAUGGAUUCAGAACCCGAAGACCAUAAGCAUUACCAAUGGGCGUAUCAAGUGGGAUUGCGCGAAGGAUCGGACGGAUGCUGGGAGAAUUUCAACGGAUGUUCCUUCUCGAUCCUCGAUUUGGCCCUUGGAGGAUUCACGAACUAUGCCCCGCCGUUCAUCAAGAACCUAUCGUAGCUUCGAACCAUAAAAAACGAAACAAAAAUGUAC